GUGCGCACGCGCGGCUGUGUCCGAGAACUUUACCUUUGCACAGGGAAGGCGCAUAUAGGCCUCCAGAUCAGAAGAUCGAAAGGAAUUGGUCGCCUACUGAAGCAGAUGAAACCGAGAGAGAGAGGGAGGAACAUACAUGAAAAGAUACUGUUCAUCCGUAAAUAUAUAACUUAUGUAAUUAAGCAAAAUGCCCAACAAGGAGAAAAGAUUGGACGUACAUAUUUGAUCUUGUAAAAAGACUUGAAGGUGAAGACAUUGAAAAACUACACUAGUUGGUUCUAAACACCACGAAAGAAAUCAUGAAUCCCAGACCAGCCGGUUUUGGUUUUAAAUUCCAAUUUGAAGAUGAUGAUGCCUAUGAUGUGGAUGAUAGUAAUGAUGAAUGUAGUGAAAGUGAAUAUUGCUAUUAUGACUAUGAUCCUGAUUAUGCAUCUAGAACCACAUACUGUGGAUUUCCGAGAGCGUUUCUAGACCCACAUUACAGGCCAAGGAGCUUGGAUAUGAAUUUACCUUUCAAUUAUAAAAUGGGUGUUACAGCUGAGGAAGCAGAAAAAAAUGCGAAAGAAUUAGUAGAUGAGGAAGAAAGAGUUAAACAAAAAGCUGAAAAGAAAAGGCUUAAGAAAAAGAGACAAAAAGAGAGAAAAAGACAAGAAAAAUUAGAAAAAGAAAAUAAAAAUGAAGCAAAUGUAAGUUGUCUUGCUGAAAAAUUAGUGAAUGUCAAUAUCGCAAAUAGUGAUGAAGAGAAGAAGAAAUCAAAUAAAAAAGAUGCUAGUAUGUUGUCUGCAAAAAUGCCAUCUGAAUCUUCAGAGAAACAUAAAGCAAUACAUGGAAAUGAAUCUAGUAAUGAGGAUGGCAGUAGUGAAGAAAGCUGGGAGGAGGAAUCUGAGGAUCUGCUGGAUUUGACCAGCACCUUUGUAUCAAAAGCUGCCAGCAUUGCAAAACGUAAAAUGGAAUUAAAACCUAAAACUGAGAAGAAAGAAAAAAAGAAAAAGCCUGAAAAGGAUACAAAAGUGGAACAAGAUGUGAAGCAGGAGAUACAAGAGAAUGGCAAUGAAGACAGUGAUGCAAUUUUAGUUAAGAGUUUCGAACUAGCAGUUAUAGGUAAUCAGUUGGCCAGUAGUGGUCGCUUUGAACUUGCUGUGCCUUAUUUCACCGAUGCAAUCAAGUUUAAUCCAAAGGAGUAUAGACUCUUCGGUAAUCGGUCUUUCUGCUAUGAGAGACUGAUGCAAUACGAUAAAGCUCUAAAUGAUGCAGAAAUAUCCCUCAGCAUGUGUUCCUCUUGGACAAAAGGAUACUUUAGAAAAGGAAAAGCAUUAGCUGGACUGAAGAGAUAUGCUGAAGCAGUAAUUGCUUUAAAAGAAGUGUUAAAACUUGAUAACACGUGUGCUGAUGCAGCUCAGGAGCUGAUGAGAGUCCAAAUUAUCCAGUUGAUGGAAAUGGGCUUCACUCGAGAACAGAGUACAAAUGCUUUAAUAAUCCAUGGGACAGUUCAUAAGGCACUAGAAGCACUGUACAACAUCCAUGACGGGAAUCAUCUCGUAGUAAAAGAAAACCCUGUUGUAGCUGUAAAUGGCCAUGCUGUGGAAGAGGAGUGGGUAGUGAGUGGAAAAAAAGCCCACUUUGCUGCGAAGUCUGUGCCACGAUCCCAAGUUCCCCAGACUAUACAACAAAAACCUGUGCUUCAACCAAAAGCUACCCAAGCGAACAUACAGCCUGGAGAGCAGCCUAUAUGGGUAGGAAAUGUGACCAAUGCUAUAUCACAGAAACUACUGCUGUGCAUCUUUAACUCGGCUGGUCCAAUCAACAGUGUUAAGAUGCUCUAUGAUAGACACUGUGCCUUUGUUAACUACUCGAACAAGGAAGCUGCAGAACGGGCCAUCCAAACACUCCAGGGCUUGGAAAUUGAAGGAACCAAGCUACUUAUCCGUUACCCUGAUCACUCUUAUAAAAAUCAAGGAAGGACAAACGUACCCUCUGCUGUUCAGAAGAUUGCUGUUGCACAGUCUGCUAAACCCGUAGUUGUGGGGAAGGCUGUUGGAGAGUGUGUUUUCUGGAGGACUGGAGGGUGCACAAAAAAAGAAGUGUGUCCUUAUAAACAUGUUCCUGAAAACAAGGGUAUAGAUAGAAAAAAGCAGCACACGACUUCACUAGAAUGACUUUAGAGCUCUGUACUGCUUCGGAAAUUUGUAUGAACCCAUCUGGUUUUUCAUCUAUAUAGUACACGUUCAUCUAAUACAUGCAUCUAGAAAACAUAAAUAAAAGGACACCUGUAUGCCAAAGUGAAACAACCCACAGUGUUAAUUUUAUAUCAACUUUUGAUGUAUUUUUACAUUUUUUUUUUUUUUUUUUUUUUUAAUGUUUUAAUUUGUCUUAAUUUUAUAUUGAAUUGGAGGACUACUUACUAAAGGGGAACUAACCAAGCAACUAUUAUUUAGUAAUCUACGGUGCCCAGGAGGGGGUGCAUGAGAGAGAACUACACGAUCUUGUGCUCAUGUCUUACUAGCUCAUGGCCGUGAUGCCAGGCUCCAUAGUAAUGUACGUAUUCCGACUCUUUAAAAUAAAUUAAUGUUAGUAUUGGCGCUUGGUUUGGCUCACUUGUGGGUAUGUAGGUGUCCAAGUCAUUUGGUUUGGGUGGGGUAACUGACAUUUUUAAUCUUUCAGAUAUCAACUCUACCAUGAUGCAAUCAAUUUUAAAGAUUUUAUUUUUUUGCUAGCCUUAAUGUAAUUAUUCUGUGAUGUUUGUGUCCAAUAAUGAUUCUGAGCAUUCUGACCUUCACACAGAUUUACGCUAUUGCUUGCUGUCUCCAGUUAAUUUCAGUGGUGCAUAACAAAAUCCUUAUUGACUUUAUGAACACAGCCCUGUCUGUCUUUUCAGAAAGUCUCACAAUUGUUUGUUUUUAAUGGCCAAACACUAGUGUGAGGUACAUUUUGAUCUUUUAACUUCCAUCAGAUUUUUUUGUUUUGAUUUUAGUUUUGAAAAUCAUCACCCAGUUUGAUGUUCUGUCUUUUAAAUUAGAUGCAAAGUAGAGGGAAAACUUGAACAUAAAGGGCAUUCCACUGAAAGCUUAACUGUAUAUUUCAAAAUUGAGUAGCUCUUUUUAUUUUUUACAGGUAUACAAAUUCUGAAUUUAGUAUUUUAUCAGGUACAUGUACAUGCAGCAUGCUACUUGACUAUCCAUGGUUUUGUAUGCUGUUUCUCUUGAACCAUCUGGUGAAUUUGCCCUAAAGUGGAGAAAAGUAUAGAGGAGAGGCUUUCUUAUGUUAAUUUAAUUAGGAAAAGCCAUGCACAUUUAAUUCUCAACACUUUUAUGGACUAAUUUGUAUAUAGAUCAGUAUUACAUUAUUUGAAGAAGUUGCUUAUCACAGAAUUAGGAUAAUGUGUUGAGUUGAAUUGUGCUGCAUUGUAGGUUGCAAAUGAGUGACACCCGGUGACUAAAGAAUACAAAGGUAGAGUGGUAUGACUUUAUAAUUAAUUAAUAAAUAAAUAAAUAAAUAAAUAAAUAAAGCAACCAAUUGGGAGCUAGCAUCCUUGUCAAAAAUAAAUAUUACCACAAGACUUUCACACCAUUGACUUCUUGAAAUGUUUCAAACAGCUAAAUGAAUAGCUAGACUUUGUGGCCAAAAAAAAGCUCUAUUUAGGAGAUUGCCGUUUAUAGAGACAGUACUUUUUAAAGGUGUCUUUGUAGAACCAUUCUUCUAUUGCAGAAUUCCUCUCUGAAUUUGAUCUUAAGUCCUGUUCUAGUACAAAAUAGGUAGACUAAUUGGAAUAACAAAUGUUUGUGCACCUGUUGCAAAACUGAGACAGUACUUUUUAAAGGCGUUUUGCGAAACAAAUUGCUGAAUACUACUUUUAACUUAUUUUUAAAUGGGGUUUAACAUUGGCCUUGAAUUUGCUGAUGUUCUGUAGCUGUGUAUUCGGUUAUUUUUUCCAAAUUAAAAUCGAUGUUGGCAAUUGCAGAAAAGAAAGUUAACUGCAAAAACUGUAAGUGUGUUUAUUUGUUAAUGUCACACACACACAAAAAUAAAUAAUGUCAACUCAAAC